AUGAGAUACAAUCCAUACACAUUGAGUUUUUAUUCCUUCUCUGCGUGUUGCCUCUUGAUUGGAGCACAGUGUCUUCUUGUUCAUAUAUUUGCAUCACUAGAUUUUUGUCCAUCACCUGUUGAUCGAGGUCCAUUUCCUUCUUGUUCCAAUAAUUACAUCACUCGCUUUUAUAUCAUUUCUGCCAUGCGCCUAACUAUCAAUGGUGAUGUCUUUGGAGACGUUGUACUCAAUGGAGUUAACUCCCAAAUAGUUGGAAAUCAGGCUGCUCGAAUCCUUCAAAGACGACCAAUACUUGAGCCGGCUCGAGUGCUUAGAAGACGCCAAGUUCCUCAACCGGUUCUCCCUGCCCCUGCUCGAGUACUUCGAAGGCGUCGCAUUCCUCAAGCCGCGCGCCCUCAGCCUCCUCGAGAGCUUCGGAGACGUCCAGUCCCCCAAAACCCAAGGCGUUACAGUUGUGUUCCAAUCCCAUCCCAUCAGGAGGAUCCUAUCUUUUGGGACAAAGUCUUCAAGCUACCGCAUGACUUCCUCCAAUACAUUUCGCCAACUUGUGACCUCCGUGAUCAUUUCACCACAUGCCGGAUUCUUCGGGACAUCAUCCUUUAUUUCAAUCCAGGCUAUCAACUGCCGCUCAAUGCGCGGAAGUCCGAGCUCAUCAAAACGUUUCAAGAUCUUGUGAUAUGCUUGGGAGCAAGUAAAAUAGGAUUGUGCUUGUCUGGGAUUGCUUGGGAAACUGUGUGA